CCCUACGACGGCGGGGGAGGCGACGGCAUUCCGCUCAGGGAGUUGCAUAAACGAGGAACUCAUUAUACAAUGACAAAUGGCGGAAGUAUCAACAGUUCAACACAUUUACUGGAUCUUCUGGAUGAACCGAUUCCCGGAGUAGGAACGUACGAUGACUUCCAUACCAUUGACUGGGUUCGAGAGAAGUGCAAAGACAGAGAAAGGCAUAGACGGAUUAACAGCAAGAAGAAAGAAUCAGCAUGGGAGAUGACAAAAAGUUUGUACGAUGCAUGGUCAGGAUGGCUAGUAGUCACACUAACUGGUUUGGCAUCUGGGGCAUUGGCAGGAUUAAUUGACAUUGCUGCUGACUGGAUGACUGACUUAAAGGAAGGCAUUUGCCUUAGUGCUUUGUGGUUUAACCAUGAACAGUGUUGUUGGGGUUCGAAUGAGACCACGUUUGAAGAGAGAGAUAAAUGUCCCCAGUGGAAGACAUGGGCGGAACUCAUAAUCGGGCAAGCAGAAGGUCCAGGUUCAUACAUAAUGAACUACAUAAUGUACAUUUUCUGGGCUUUGAGCUUUGCCUUCUUAGCAGUUUCUCUGGUGAAGGUAUUUGCUCCCUAUGCCUGUGGCUCCGGGAUACCUGAGAUAAAAACUAUUUUGAGUGGCUUCAUCAUCAGAGGUUACUUGGGGAAGUGGACUUUGAUGAUAAAAACAAUUACUUUAGUCUUGGCUGUCGCAUCAGGUUUGAGUUUAGGAAAAGAAGGUCCAUUGGUACAUGUUGCCUGCUGCUGUGGGAAUAUUUUUUCCUACCUCUUUCCGAAGUACAGCACAAAUGAAGCUAAAAAAAGAGAGGUGUUGUCAGCUGCCUCAGCAGCGGGAGUGUCUGUAGCCUUCGGUGCCCCAAUUGGUGGAGUCCUUUUCAGUCUGGAGGAGGUCAGUUACUAUUUCCCACUGAAAACGUUAUGGAGAUCAUUUUUUGCUGCUUUAGUGGCUGCGUUUGUUUUAAGGUCCAUCAAUCCUUUUGGUAAUAGCCGCCUAGUUCUUUUUUAUGUGGAGUAUCACACGCCUUGGUACCUUUUUGAACUGCUUCCUUUUAUCCUUUUGGGAGUAUUCGGCGGGCUCUGGGGAGCAUUUUUCAUCCGAGCAAACAUUGCAUGGUGUCGUCGACGCAAAUCCACGAAAUUCGGGAAGUAUCCUGUCCUGGAGGUUAUUAUUGUUGCGGCAGUAACGGCUGUCAUUGCGUUUCCUAAUCCAUAUACAAGGCUAAACACCAGUGAGCUCAUUAAAGAGCUCUUCACGGACUGUGGGCCAUUAGAAUCCUCCUCCCUCUGUGACUACAGAAACGAUAUGAAUGCGAGCAAAAUCGUAGAUGAUAUUCCUGACCGUCCGGCAGGCACUGGAGUCUAUUCAGCUAUAUGGCAGUUGUGUUUAGCGCUCAUAUUUAAAAUUAUCAUGACAGUCUUCACCUUUGGCAUCAAGGCUGUUGUACUUACACUGUACUGCUUAUUGCCAGUGGACUCGUUACUGUGGCGAAUGGUGAGGAUCAGCGGUUGGGGUGGGACUACAGCUUUGCCUCAGAACCUGACUGGAAUGCAGCUGUAUCACCACAGAAGUAGAAAGUUGAACCUCUAUCCCGAUUCCUUGCUUGUUUGGCAGCCCAGAAAGCCAACG